GAAAAAUUAUUUUGUUGGUCUGAUUACUUGGGGUUCGCAUUUGGCCCGUAAUUUAGAAACUUGGAUUUAUCUCAGUGCAAAAGAUCCAUUUGUUGGCUUGCAUUCACUAUUAAGGAUAUAUUGAAUAGUAGAAGCAGCGACCUAAUUGAAUCACCAAGAACUCGAUCCCGAGGUGCAUCUAAGAUUGGUAUUGUGAAGAAUUCGAACUCGAACUCGAACUCGAUUUGCAUUUGGGAUCCGUAUCUCAAUGAUUAAUGAACAACGCGAACCAAAAUUAGCAAUGUCGAAUAGGUUCAUGAAUCUGCAAGAUCAGUACUUGAACAGCAUGAUGGAUGUAAAAGCAGCAAGGAAUCCUACUUUAUUGAAAAGGGACGGCGUUGUCCAGUUAGUCGAGGGACGUAAAUCGGAGAAUCUUCGUUCGUUCUCUGGUCGGAAAACGUUUAGGUUGGAAUCGUUAUUUCUACUGGUUUGCCUAACAGCAUCAUUGCUAAUACUGCCAUUGAUACUUCCUCCAUUGCCACCACCACCGUUGAUGCUUUUGCUGCUUCCUAUAUGCAUUUUGGCACUCCUAAUGAUCUUGGCUUUCGUGUCGUCUAACGUUCGAGAUGCGACGUUGUCCUCGACCCAUAAGUAUGUGUAAUUGGCGUGGAAAUAAGCAUCAGUAUUUAUUUGAUUCAAACGUUGAAAACAUAUUACGUGAGUUCUUCUUCCUAUAUGCAGUUUCUGAAUUCUUGUCUUGUUCCUUUGAACUGUUGCAAUAGGCAAUCAUUUUCAUGUGAAAAUUUCCAUUCAGAAUCAUCAUGAAAUCUAUAUUGCGAACUUCAAUUAAGUUUUAAAUUUA